AUGAAUACCUGUCUCAGAGAUAUCGGUCAACCAACCGGAGUAAUUGUUCCCUAUCGACGUCCCAGACGUUACCGAAAAGCAGCCAUUCCUGUGAACAUAGAUCACAUACUACUCGAUGAGGCCAUCACUGAUGGCAAGAAAACUUUUAGCAAACAAUUAUCGGACGAAAAGAAACUCAUUAAAGCAGGUUUUCAUCAACACAAUGACACAAUGGAGAGCUUUCAUCAGGGUUUCUUUGGUGCACCCGAUAAACACAGGCGGGAUAUCAACAGAAACGGGUCUCUUAUUCUCGAGACAUCCAGAUCUAUGGCCGAAAAAUUGAAACUAAGUCCCGAUAAAUGUCAUGAUUAUCUCAAUGAGUAUCAUUUAAACGACACAUCCCUUAAGGAAAAAUGCGUUACCGAACCUAUAUGUGAUCCUAAAUAUAAAUACCGAACCAUUGAUGGCAGUUGUAAUAACCUUAGGCAUCCACUUUGGGGACGAUCAAUGAGCGAAAUGUCCCGUCUUUUGCCGCCAUAUUAUGCCGAUGGGAUCGACACAUUCAGACAAUCUAUCGAUGGUUCAGACCUUCCCGGCGCUCGAGAGCUGUCAGCUUUGCUCACACAAACUGGGGACCAAGAGCACCCGAUUUUAUCAGUUUUGUUCUUACAGUUUGGACAGUUUUUAGGUCACGACACGUGUCUCGCUGCCAAUGUUAGAGCCGCUACAGGAGAGGGUCUGUCAUGUUGUAAGCGGACAGAAAAUGGACAGUUAGUUGAACACCCAGCGUGUAAGCCUAUACUCAUUCCUCCGGAUGACCACUUUUAUAGUAAAUUCAAUGAGACGUGCCUUAAUUUUGUGAGGAAUACACCCGCGGCUACCAGUGCCUGCACACUAGGUCCUCGAGAACAGCCCAGUGUUCUCACUCACUUCAUCGAUGGCUCACAGAUAUACGGCAGCAAUGAGGGCAAGAUGAAGGCUCUCCGAUCCUUCAAAGAUGUAUCCAUAAUAAAUGGCAAACAAUUCUUGCCGUUUGACACGAAAAACAACAACGGCCCGUCAGUUACUUGCAGAGCACCUGAAGGACAGCACUGUGUUUACGCCGGCGAUAUAAGAUCGAACCAACAAUUGGUUCUAAAUACACUUCAAUUGAUAUUCUUGAGAGAGCACAACAGAAUUGCGGACAUACUAAAGUCUCUAAACCCAAGAUGGACCGAUGAUAUACUGUUUGAAGAGACCCGCAGAAUAAUCGGCGCUCAACUCCAGUGGAUUACAUACAAUGAGUUCCUACCCCUGGCUAUAGGUCGUCGUGCGAUGCAAGUGUUUGACCUGUCCCCGAGCCCCUGGGGCUACUCCAACAAAUACAAAGACUAUUAUAACCCGGGGAUUAUCAGCGAGUUUGCAACGGCAGCCUUCAGAUGGCAUACAUUGGUCCGGAGUUUUUACCAUUUACGGGACUCGGAAGGGGAGUAUACAUCACACCUGCAACUCCGCAAUAUAUUCAACGACGUGUCACCUCUUUUUAAGGCCGGUGCUGUCGAUGAGGUGCUCUAUGGGACGGCAGUACAGGCUUCGCAGAAAUUCGAUAGUAUGUUCACCGAAGAACUAAAGGAUCAGUUGUUUCGGCCGCCAAACAGCUUAUUCGGUGGCGACUUAAUCGCCGAUAAUAUCCAAAGGGGUAGGGAUCACGGGCUGCCUCCUUAUAACAAGAUGCGAGAGAUCUGUGGUUUACCAAGGUUAACUAGCUUUGAUGAUAUGGAUCGUGCGUUUCGCAGCGGAAUCGGCAGCAAUUUUGCCAAACAUUAUAAAAGUGUUGACGACAUCGACCUGUUUAUGGGCGGCAUUCAUGAGAAGCCGGCGAAGGAGGGUAUCCUCGGACCAGUGUUUGCCUGUAUUGUCGCCGAACAGUUCAGACGAUUAAAAGAGGGCGACCGCUUCUGGUUUGAAAACUUUGGUUUCAGUCACUCGUUCACUGAAGCACAAAUAUAUGAGAUCCGAAAAGUGAGUCUAACGAGCAUUAUAUGUGCGAAUGGCGAUGACAUCCAAUACUUCCAGCCCUUAGCGCUCGUGCAGCCUAUUAAUGGACUAUAUCAUUAA